AAUGGGAAAUACUAUUGUUUUAGAAAGUGAAGACUACAUAUCAUCAAAUAUAAGUUUAUUGAAAGAUAACCUUACAUAUAUUAGUUCUAAGCAGCAUAAGUAUUUGGGAUAGAUUCAAAUAUGGAAGAACAAAUCUAAUCCUUUAGAGUGGCUAUUUUCAAAAGUAUAGAAUUUCAUUAAGUAAAUACAGAUUACUUAGAUUGAUAUUGAUAAAAAUUUUAUACAUUCUUAGCAUACAUAAAGAUAAUAAAUCAAGCAUGAACAUUUAUUGAAAUAUUAUGGUUGUACAAUUAAAGAGCAAACAUUUUAAGGAACAUUAAAAGAAUAUAGAAUUUACUAUGAAUUUUAAUCAACCAAUUUAUCAAAGGUGCUUUAAGAUUAUUAAUAGAAUGGUUAAUAUGUUACAGAGUCAUUUAUCUGGAAAGUAAUAAUUAAUCAUUCUAUUAGUUAAUUAAAUAAAUCUCGACUGUUUUUGGUUAUCUAGAAAGUUAGAAUAAAUUUCACUCCAAUAUUAACUUUGAUAGUCUCUUUUUUGAUAAAGAUUAAAAUGUAAAAAUUUUGGUAUGAAUUAAAAUAAAUUUAGUAUCAUGGUGCUCUACCAAACAUAUUAACAAGUUAUGCAUAAACAUUAGGAAAUUAUAAUUCAAAUAUUUCUUUGAGUCCUUAAUAGAUGAAUGAUUACUAAAACCAUUUAGCUUGUCUAUAAAUAAACCCUUUUAAAUAGGAUUCAUACCAAUUUGGAAUUGUUUUAGUAUCGAUAAUGAGCGGUAAAGGUAAUAUUUAUGAUUAUAAAAAUAAUUUUAAGAUGUAACAAAGUAUACUGAUUUCUAUAAGGAAGUAAUACAUUAUUAGUAGAUAUUAAAUAUAUUAGGAUCUGCAUUUUAUUAUUAUUCUUAAUCUUUGAUAAAUUUAGUCGUUAACUUAUUAUAAUAUGAUGAUUAAUCAAGACCAAAUAUUUCAUAAUUAUUCAAAGCAAAGAUUUACAAACAACCUCCAAAUUUAAUUUAAACAUAAUUCAAUUAAAUUAAAUAAACUGAAAAAAUUAAUAUUUUAAGGGUAGAUACAACACAAUAAUAUUCCUCUUAAAAGGAGAGAUCUGAUACUAAGAAUAUUGCUAUAAAUUUGUCGAAUAAAAAGACUCGUUCGAUAACAAAGAAUACGAUCAUCUACUCUUCACCAUUCAAAUUUUCAACAAGAACAUCAAAUGCAUAUCCAAAAAAAUAUUCAUUAGUAGAUGGAUAUUUUACUCCUAAGACAAAAUAAUCAAGAACUUUAUCUUAUAGAUUGUUUACAAGCACUAAUAAGGUAUAAUCACCUUAUAUAUAAUGA